AUGGCAUCCUGGGCUUUGCUCGACGAGAAAAGCGAAUCUGAGCUUCACAAGUCCCGUCUUCUCAACGUUGAAGAAAAACCCUUUAAACGGAUCACAAAACGCCUGUCUACCAUUUCCUCCGUUGUCUCCGUAGCCACACAGCAUAACGGAACAACAGAAAACGGCGCUGAUGCCGCGAAUCUCCCCAGCUUGAAAGAAGAUCUUACGCUCGACUUCGCCGCCUUUGACAGCAGCAUUGCACGUCUACAAUUCCUACACGAUGCCAAUCAACGCGAGCGCGAACGAUAUGCGGCCGACCAGCAGCGCAUUUUGACAGAAUGCCAAGCGGUGCGGGCCAAUAAUGGACAGCUGAGGGAACAGUUAAACUCUGCACGAGCGACGCUCGACCAGCGGAAGAAAUUCGACGAACUAGCAGAAAAGAUCACAUCUAAUAGACUAUUACGUCCGCGGGAGGACCAGCUCGCUAACCUGGCGAAACUAGAAGAAGAGUGUAGGGAGCUGGAACGAGAAAGUGGGACAUACAAAGGAACAUGGAAGGAACGCAGAGAACAGUUCAACAGGAUCAUGGACGAAGGCAGGAUGCUGAGACGGCAGAUUCGUGAUGAGAAGGAGGAAGUUGACCGGCGAGAGGGCAUGAAUGAGGAAGGGGAGGAUGACGCUGACGGAGAGCGGGAGGGUACAACACCUAGGCCAGUUAUCAGUGGUAAUGCGACUCCACAUCCGGACGGCGAGGGUCAGUCGAAAGGCGAGAACGACGUGGAAAAUGAAGACGAGUCUGCAAAUGCAGCAGCUUCAAGUAGGGACAGAACACCGUCCGGGGACACGCCCGCGCAAGACAGGGCGGGAUCGAGGGCAGCCCCAACACCGGCGGAAUCAACAUCUUCAGCGCCACGAGGUUCAGGGAAGUAUUUACAGGUUCCUGGGAGUGCAACACCUUCACAUCAAGGUGCUGGAGAUGUGGACAUGGAGGACCAAGUGGAGACCCAAAGGACAGAACAGGAGAAUGGAGAAGGCGAGGAUGAAAUGGAAGUUGACGAGUAA